CCUCUCGACAGCUUAACAGCUAGUUUAUGUGCCUUAAUCUUAUAAAUCCAGUUUAGUGUUUGAGAUUCUGUACUUAUUUUAUUUGUAUUUUAAGCACGAAAAAAUGAUCAGAAAGUGGAUUAUAUUGGCAGUUUGUGUAACUAUUUUGGUAUCAAGUGUCUCAGGGCGCCUUUUUAACUUUCGGAGAGCAAGAGCGCGUGCAAGAUUGUCUAACAGACUAAUUGAUCCUGCUUUUGAAGGCAAAUGCCCGCUCUGUGAUUCCUCCGUUUAUGGAUACUGCUCAGACCGGCUCUUCCACGAUGCCUGCUGUUGCGAUCGACCCACCUUUACUGGAGGAUUAGGCCUUGGAGGAGGACAAGGAAUUUUUGGUGCCUCCUGUUACUAUGCAGAUUGUUCCUUCCUGUACGCCAAUUCAUGCUACGAGCACGAUCUCAUAACAAAUUGCUGCUGUAAUCAAUAAAAUUGGAGUUUUGGAUGAAAAUGAACACUUAUGACCUAUUUUAUUGGAUCUUUCUCAAUGAUUAUACAAAGGAAAUUUCUGAGUUAUCGAGGGCAAUAUUUGGCAGGA